ACAGCAUAUUACCAGAAGAGAAUAGAAUUUCCUAAUGAAAUAUGAGCAUAACAGGAAGGUGUCAUUGACUCUGAAUUAAAUUUGAACUUGUUCCCUGAACAGCUGCAGGAUUUGGAAGCUGAAUCAAUGUUAUCAGAUGAGUUAGAAUCCAAACCAGAGCUCCUGGUACAAUUUGUUCAGAAUACAUCUAUCCCAUUGGGACAGGGGCUAGUGGAAUCAGAGGCCAAAGACAUUACGUGCUUGUCCCUCCUUCCAGUGACUGAGACUUCAGAAUGCAGCCGGCUAAUGUUACCAGAUGAUACUCCAAAUCAUACUAACUCUUCUAAGGAUGUCCCUUCCUCAGCUGUGUUGAGAAGCCUUCAGGUGAAUGUGGGCCCAGACGGAGAAGAGACAAGGGCUCAGACUGUACAGAAGUCCCCGGAGUUUUUGUCAACUCCAGAUUCUCCUAGUUUGUUGCAAGAUCUACAGCCAAGUGAUAGUACUUCUUUUAUUCUUCUUAACCUAACACGAGCAGGUUUGGGCUCUUCAGCUGAGCACUUAGUAUUUGUACAAGAUGAGGCAGAGGAUUCAGGAAAUGAUUUCCUCUCCAGCGAGAGCACAGACAGUAGCAUUCCAUGGUUCCUCCGGGUUCAGGAGUUGGCCCAUGACAGUUUGAUCGCUGCUACUCGUGCACAACUGGCAAAGAAUGCAAAAACCAGCAGCAAUGGAGAAAAUGUCCAUCUUGGCUCUGGUGAUGGGCAACCCAAAGAUUCUGGGCCCCUUCCUCAAGUGGAGAAGAAACUCAGAUGUACAGUUGAAGGCUGUGACCGGACAUUUGUGUGGCCAGCUCACUUCAAGUACCACCUCAAAACUCAUCGAAAUGACCGCUCCUUCAUCUGCCCUGCAGAGGGUUGUGGGAAAAGCUUCUAUGUACUGCAGAGGCUGAAGGUACACAUGAGAACUCACAAUGGGGAGAAGCCCUUUAUGUGCCCUGAGUCCAACUGUGGUAAGCAGUUCACUACAGCUGGUAACCUGAAGAACCACCUACGCAUCCACACAGGAGAGAAGCCAUUCCUUUGUGAAGCCCAAGGGUGUGGCCGUUCCUUUGCUGAGUAUUCUAGCCUCCGAAAACAUCUGGUGGUUCACUCAGGAGAGAAGCCUCAUCAGUGCCAAGUCUGUGGGAAGACCUUCUCCCAAAGCGGGAGCAGGAAUGUGCACAUGAAAAAGCAUCACUUACAGAUGGGAGCAGCUGGGGGUCAAGAACAGGAGCAAACUGCUGAGCCACUAAUGGGCAGUAGUUUGCUUGAAGAGGCUUCAGUACCCAGUAAAAACCUGGUGUCUAUGAAUUCCCACUCCAGCCUUGGUGGAGAGUCCUUGAACCUACCCAAUUCCAGUUCUAUUCUGGGAGUUGAUGAUGAGGUGCUUGCUGCAGGAUCCCCACGCCCCCUGUCUUCAGUGCCUGAUGUGACCCAUCACUUGGUGACCAUGCAGUCAGGGAGACAGUCAUAUGAGGUUUCUGUCCUAACGGCAGUAAAUCCACAGGAGUUGCUAAACCAAGGAGAUCUAACUGACAGACGGACAUGAGUGUUGGUGCUAACUCCUGGAAGUUAGAGCAGCUCUAUCUGAUCCCAGAGCAUACAGUGGGAAUCGGAUGCCUAUUGGCUCAGGAUCUACCAGAACCAAAAUGAAUCUGUGAAGAACGAGACCCCACUUUUGCCUCUGUUCAUCUUCCCUGACUUACACGAUGAAUGUAAGAGGGCUUCUCCUCAAGAGCCAUCUGAUCUAGAGAAGGAACAAAGCAGUAACCGUGGGCUGGGAUACUGUGCCUACUUAUUGUCAGCCCUCUGCGGAAUUUUGGGUUGGACUUGUCUCAAAAGUGAAUUUGGUAAUGUGUGGGCUGAAGUUUUCUGACUGUUAAUGGGCAGUUUUCCUUUGAAGAGUUUCCGUCCCAGACUCAGCUGUCUUUUCACAUGGAUAAACUCAGUCCUGCCGUUAACCAUAAAACUUGACCAGGAGAGGUGAGCGUUCACGAUGCCUUGUUGCUUUGCAGAAGGGAGUAAAUGUCAGUUCUACUGUGAUCUUCUCCCAUCAGCAACCUGAGUACGAGACUCUGCCACUGGGCUGCAAACAAAUAAAUUACUUGAAUCCUCCCUUGACCCAGGCUGAGGUUACUGUCUUGUCCUAUAUACCUUGACCUGGUUACUUUGCUUUUUCAUUUAUGGAACAUAGUAAGCAGCAUGGUAAGAGGGGUUUUGUUUUGCUUUGUUUUAAUUUUAAAAAAAAACAACACACACAUGAUUAAGAGAUUUCGAGUGUUUUCCCUUUAAAUAAACAAAACAGCCCAGUCAGUUCUAUGGC